GUUUUCCGAUAAUUGUUAAUUUUGAAAUUAUAUUCAACAUAAACGAACAAAAUAAUAUAAUUAAAAAUAUUAGUUGUUUGUUUUUUAUUAAUUAUCUUUAAAGUUAUGAAUUCGCUAUAAUAAACAAAAGAAUAUAAUAAUUUUAUUCUAAACUGCAAAAUGAAUAAUAUUAAAAAAACCAUUUCAUAUCAUGACUUCUCUAGUUAGUAUAAAAUUUACUUUAAUAUUUAAUACAAGUUUUUAGUAAGUGGAAUUUUUCUUUUAGACAAUGUUAAAAAACUGGAUGCUCCAUUUGACAUUUACAAAUUUGACUGUCAGAGUAUGAUACCAAUUAAUGAAGCAUUUAAGUUACGUGAGGUUUUAUUGACAAUGCCUUUUAAAAAGCGAACUUGUGAUCUGUAUUCGUUUAGCCAAUCAUCAGACUUUUACCGUAUCUCAAAUAAGAAUAAACCAAUAGAAGUGCAACAAUUGUUAGAAGUCCUUGUACAAAUUAAACAAAAAAUAUCUACUUAUUUAGGUCAAAAAUUUAACAAUUCUAUAAGUGUAUCUUGUUCUAAAUAUGAUAUUGGAGGUAAAUAUAUUCUAUAUUGUUUGUAAUAUAAAUACCCUAAUAACAAUGUUAUAAUUUUUCAGAUUAUUUACUUUGUCAUGAUGACCGGGUUGAUGAUAGACGUGUAGCAUUUAUUUAUUAUUUAAAUUAUGAUUGGCUCAGUGAAUGGGGUGGUUCUUUAGAUAUUUAUUCAGUUGAUAAACAUUAUAAUGCUAAUUCAAUUUUACAAAAUAUUGUACCAGAGUUCAAUGCUUUCCUAUUUUUCCCAGUUGGAAAUUUCACUUACCAUCAAGUAUGUAAUUUGUUUUAACAUUUUGUUAGUAUCAUAUUUAAAUUAACUUUUGGCAUUUUAGGUCUCUGAAAAUAUCUCAAAAUUUCCACGCAUUACUAUUAAUGGUUGGUUCCACUGUGAUAAUUUUGCUUGGUCGAAACAUAUACAAAAUAAAGAGUUAACAAUGUCAUUAAAACAUAUCUUUUUACCAAUUAAAGUACCAAAAAAGGUAAAUUUUUAUCUAUAAAAUAAAAAUUAAGGUCAUUUAUCUAACAUUUUACCCAUAAUCAUUGAUCACUUGCGCGCGGUAAACAUUUACCUCAGUCAUACUUAACAUGCAUGUAUGCAAAGUUGUUAUCAUGCUUCUAUUAUUCAAUACCUUCUUAUAACAUAAAUGACUAUAAAUAAAUAAAUGUAUAAAUAGAAUCGUUUCCAUAAUAUUCAAAAAAAAGGUAACAAUUUUAUGUGCAUAUUAAAUAUGAUUACUACAUUUUUGACCCGUGGAAGUGGUCGCAGGUAAAAUAUAUCUAUACAUUUUAAUAAAAAAUUAUUAAAUUAUAAAAAAUGAUACAAUUAUUAUAAAUAUUCAUUAUUUUCAGGAUACACAUUUCACAAAAAGGUCCAUUGAAAAAACAUAUUUUGAACGAAAUUUCAGAAAAUAUAUAAAAGAAGGAUUCAACACUGAUGGAUACGGUGUAUGUGGCCAGUUUUUUAACUCAGUUGCACUUGAUGGUUUAUCUAGUGCAUUAUUUUCAAAUAACUUAAAGUGGGAAAUCAAAGGCCCAUUAAAUAAAAUGUAAUAUUCACCUAGUUUUUAUAUGAUCAAUUUUUAUUUUUAAAAAAUAUUUUAUUUUUAUUCAUUUAGGCAUUACAAGGUUUUAAAUAUGAACAAUUUACCGGAGGUUAUUUUUAAUCUUGUUAACAUGUUAAGAACUGAGCACAUGAUUCAAUUUUUUAAGGACUGUACUGGUCUGGAUUUUAUUGGUGGUAAGUAAAAAUAGUUCUAAAAUAUUAAAUAAAAAGUGCAAGUGUAAAAUUUUUCAAUUGAGCUGUUUUAGAAAUAAUUCUAUAGUCAAAUACCUAUUAUGUAAACAAUUUUAAAUUGCAAAUAUCAUCUACUGUGUAUAAUUUAGGUGUUUUAUUGUCCUUUGAUUUCACAUACCAAUGCCCGUAUUAACACUAUCUAGCAAAGUUGUAUCGUCCAUUAGCUUGAUAAACUAAAACUGUUCCGAAUUUAGAAACAUUAAUUGUCUUAAAGUAUUAUAUUGCUCUCUUGUCAGAUCCGUAUUAGAAUUUGUGUCAAUAGUUUGAAAUCCUAAAAAAAAUUAUCUAAAUGACAAACUUGAAAAAAUCCAAUAGCGUUUUUUUUAGGAUAUGGCAUAUAAAUAAGUUUGAAUUGAUGUCCCUCUAGAUAUUUCGACUGUAGAAUUUGGUCUAGAAUGACUAGCCUCUAGACGAUUAUAUAAUGCCAUAGCUUUAGUCCGUAAAUUAAUAAAUGGUAAACUUUAUUAUAAAAUAAUGAUUAAUGAUUAAUAAUAAUAAUAAUAAUUAAACCUACAUGUAUUUAUUUUAUAUUAUAUAUUUGUUUCUUUUUUUUCUUCUCUGUUUAAACAUGUAAUAUUUAGAUCCACUCGGUAUAAUCUCUUGUAAAACCAUAAUAACUAUAACUGUACUCUUUGGGAUCUUUAAACUUUAAAUAAACAUAUAUACAGUGAAACCUCUGAAUAGAAGAUAUUCUCAUUUGCUGAAAUUUUGUCUGUUAUUCUGAGGUGGUAAAUUUUUGAAAUUCAUUAAAAGUAACUCAUACUACUUUUACAUUUCCUUAAUUUUGUUAAUUUACUCAUCAUCAUUUCCAAUUUCAACCCACGUUUUAUAAGUGUCUUCUUUAUUAGACAUAAUACCUGCGAACUGUGUUUUACCAACAUGAAACUUUUCUGCUAAUUACACAUUGUUCUGAUGGAAAUAAAGACAUUGAUAUUGUCUUCAUAAUGGUCAUUAUUCGCUGUAAUCUUAUCUUUUCAUCCCAUAAAGACUUAAAUGAAUAAGUUCAUUAUUGUUAUAUUAGUAAGAGCACGUUUUUCUGUCAUCGAUUUGUCAUUACUUUUAAAUUAAGAUUAAAUAGGUAUCUGCUGUUCAGAGUUUUUCCCAUUGAAAAGUAAUAAAAAUGUCCUCAUUUCCAAAAAAAUUGUCUGCUAUUGGAAGGUGUCCGUUAAGGAAGUUUUCACUGUAUUCUAUGUAAUAUUUGCGUUGUUUACAUGGCUUUACAUCAUUGCAAAACCAAUAUAUUCCUCACUCCGUUCAGAAUCUUAAAGUAACUUAAAAAUAUUAAACAGAAUAAAAGUUAUUGCAAUUGUAAGAUUUCUAUAAGUACGCUCUGUAUAUACAUUACCCAAUGAUAACUUUAUUGAAACCAGUUGUUUUAUUAAAAUAAUAACAAUACUCGAGGCUUUCAUUAAUUAUUUUGUUUCAUAAAUUGAAAUAUAAAAUUUAUAUGCUUUGUAUUUAUUGUUUUAGUGAACGUCGAAGUGCAAAGAUGGCACGGUGGACAUUAUAUGGUUUCUGGUGGAAAUGACGGCUAUAAGAACAUGCAUGUAUUUCGUGUUUAUAUAUUUUUUAGUCAUUGUAUUGGUACAAUGAACACUGAUGGUGAAGACGAUCUGUACUAUGUGUUUGAAGAACAUAAUGCAUUUUAUCCGGUAAAUUUAAUAUUAUAUCAAUUUUUAGAUUAAGAACCUUAAAUGUCUUAAUAUAAAUUUGUGUUUACUUUUUUAUUUUUAUAGAAAUUUAAAUGUACACCACAGAACAAUACUAUGCUAUUGGUAAAUCGUUUUUCAAACAUGGAAGUUUAUACUAAAUACUGUAGGAAAAUUGACGGUCACUCUUGGACUGUUGUAGUAGCUAAUUAUAUGAUUAAAGAUAUGUUUAACUGUAAAAUAAAACUUGAAAAGAUGCAUAAGUUAUAAUUAUUUAAUUAUUAACAUUUUUGAAUUAUUAUUAAUAUUAUUAUAAAAUAUACAUUAAAGUAUGACUAUAUUUUUGCUGUGUAAAGAAUUUAUUAGCUUUAGUAACUUUUAAUUUAAGGUGGGCCUAAACAUAAACAUACAGUCGAUAUAGGUGAUCUUUUUUUUUUUCCAAAACUGACAUUUGAUCCAAUAUUUUUGAAGAAAAUAUCUGUUGGAAAUGUAAAAAAAAAACACUAAAUCAAGUUUUUGACUAUGUCAAUUAAUUAAAUUAUCAACUCACGGUUUAUGUUUUAAAAUAUCAGAUAUCUGUCCAUCCCUACUAAUAUGUAUUAGCGUGUAAGAAAUGUCCUAUGUAAAUAUAUUUCUGUAUAUCUAGAAAAAUGCUAUAAACACUGCAAUUUGUUAUUACAAAAUAUUUUCAGGCAAGUUACCUGUAUAAUAUUUUAGUAUAAUAUAAUUAUCAUUUUAUAGUGUUUUUUUUUUCUCGUUGUUAACAAAAUGUUUAAAGUAAUUAAAACCAGUGGUUUUCUGUCUUUGUUUGACAAUCAUGGUGAUAAUACUUUAAACUUUGUGCUCAUUUUUAUUUACGUUUUAUUUCCAGCAUACCAAUUAAUUUAGUGAACAAUUUCACAAAAUAUAUUUGAAUUUGUCAUUAAAUCUACUUAAUAACGGUUCAUAUAUAUAUUUUUUUUUUUCAUUAAAAUUCUUCAAAUUUAAUGACUGACUAGUGACUAAUUUAUUAGAGUGUUCUUAAUUAUUACCAAUUUAAUUUCACUCAUUAAUAUUAAUUGUGAUAAUCAAUAUAUAAUUUAUAUAUAUAUAAUAAAUACAUAAUUUUGAAGAUGACAAAUUUUAUGAAAUUUAAAAUUUAUAUACGUUAAAUAAUUAUGUAUAUUUUGUACUUAACUUAUUAUAUAUUAUACUACAAACUUGUUUCUGUUUUAUAUAUGUAUAUCAUGUUUAAUACGAAUUAUUUGUACGAUUUUAUAUGUUUACAUGCACAUUAACUUAAUUUAUAUUGAGUUAAACUUGCAUACAAACAUAUUUAAUACGCAUUAUCUUAAUGUUUUUUAAAAAGUUAUAUAUUUUAACGCUGACUGUGUUAUUAAGACUGCUUAUAAACAUGAUAAUAAUAAAUUGUUCUUAACUAUAUUACUUCUAAAAUUGUUAUUAAUCAAUUUACAUAUUAUUGUAUAGUAGGUACUACACGUACACUUUUUACUUACUAGUAGUGUUUGAAUAGUGUUACUAGUAGUUAGUUUUCGGUAACAAAAAAUAACCUUAUCCGCCACUAAAAAUAAUUGUAACCUAUGUCUGUUUUAUUUAUUGUAAACUUUUGAGUUCAUAACAUAUUAUUUUCCUGUUAUAUGUGUCGCCUUUAUUAUUGUGCAAG